AUGCCAGAGACGACAGCAACCAACACUGAGUCUCCAGGAACACCUCAUAAGCAUAGCGACAUUCACGAUUCGGAUCACACGGAUGAUGAGCGCUUUUCGAUAUGCGAGUACGACCUCGAUGUUGUCGAUCACGCCUUAGAAAACCCCAACCAUUCCGAAUACCUCGAUCACUUUGGGUUUCGCAUCCAAGUCAAGACUGAUGAUGAGGGGGACGGCAGCUCUGAUUCGGACCUGAGUGAUAGCGAGGAACAAGUGAUGCAUGCACAAGUAGCAGAGAGAGCUGAACGCAUGUCGGCAUCGGCUGGUCGUAUCCAGAACGAGACCAAAUAUGACGGCAAACAGCAGCAGCAGCAGCAGCAGCAGCAGCAACAACACUCGGCAGUUUCUUCUUCAGCAACCACAACCUCCAGUGAGGACGACGACACUGAUUUCUCGGUGGAUACCACCAUGACAACUCCCACCAUCAUUCAUAAAAUGACCACUGAUGUAGUUGAUGAAAAACAGCCUACUACUGCUUUUGUCACUCGAAGAGGUCGCUCAGCAACCAUCUCCAAGCCGAUGACUCCUCCUUCAGUUGAAUCAUCAUCAUCACCAUCACCAGCCAUGCCAGCCGUUACUACUCGACGUCGUAGAGCUACUACUGUUUCUCGUCCUAAUGAGUCAGCUAUUCCUCCAUUACCCCAAUCAUCUAUUAUGCAACCAUCACCACAGCAACAACAACAACAACAAUCAACAUGUGAACCUGUCAAGGAAGAUGAUGAUGAAGAAGAAGAAGAAGAAGAAGAAGAAAAGACACCUACAAUAGAACAAGAUAUUCCUCCUCCACCCGCACCACCAACACCUCCCAAAGAUACUCCAUCAUCAGCAACAACAACAACAGCAACCAAUGAAUCGAAUAAUGCAGCUAUAUCUUCGUCUUCUUCAUCCACAACAUCUGAUACCAACUCUAUUCGAUCCAACAAUUCCUUUGAGCAACAAGGUCGCACCAGCACUAGUGCACGAUCCCUUUCAUCCUUUAACCCUUUCAAGCGAUCCGAAUCACCUUCCACAUCUUGUACCUCGCCGCCAUCACGUCCACGCACUAUUGAACGUCCUUCUCAAUCUUUCCGUAAACGCCAAAGCAAACGUAUGUCCGAGUUUUAUCGUGGUGGUCAUUCAGCAUCCAUGCCAUCCUCCCCAUCAACCUCUUUUCAUGCAAGUCGACUUUCCUAUGCUAGUGCUACAAGUUAUUACGACAUGUUGAUGUCCAAGUUUGGUCGACAAUCUGAAGAUCAUCCACUUCCAUUGCCACGUGAAUCACCCAAACAAAUGGCUCUUCGAGAGGAAGCAAGGCAAUAUCUUAUCGAGACGCUUAAACCAGAACAACCUGAUAGCGAGGAUUGGGACUUUUGGGAAUCACUUUUGGGAGAUGCUGAAAUGAUACGAUCCGAGCCUGAGGCAGUGAAGCAGCACAUGAUUAUGGGUGUUCCAUCCGCAUUGCGUGGGUACUUGUGGCAGAUUCUUUGCAAGUCCCGGAAUCAUACAACGGAUAUCGAUUCUGAAUACAAGGAAUUGCUCAAGCGUAUCAGUCCACAUGAAAAAUCCAUUCGACGUGAUUUAUCUCGCACAUUUCCCAGCCAUGAGUUCUUCCAAGAUGAUAAUGGACAAGAAGCCCUAUUCCACGUUAUCAAAGCCUACAGCUUAUUCGAUCCGCAAGUGGGUUAUUGUCAAGGUCUUCCCUUUAUCGUAGGAUGUUUAUUGUUACAUAUGCCCGAGGAUACUGCGUUUUGUGUAUUGGUCAAGCUGAUGAGCCAGUAUGGAUUGCGAAACCAGUUUAUGCCACAGAUGGAAUUACUUCACGAGCGCUUGUACCAAUUUGAUCAUCUCUUGCAACAAAAGCUACCACAAGUCCAUCGACAUCUUGAGACCCAAGGUGUACGACCCAGCAUGUACGCCUCUCAGUGGUUCCUUACGCUCUUUUCAUCCAAAUGCCCACUCCAUCUCGUCUAUCGUGUCUUUGAUUUGGUGUUUGUGGAAGGAACUCAUUUCAUAUUACGAUUUGCAUUGGCUCUCAUGUUCCGUAACCAGCAUACGCUCAUGGGUCUUGAAUUUGAAGCCUUGGUGGAAUUUUUGAACAAUGGUAUCUAUGAUACAUACAAGGAUGAUGAACGAGGAUUCGUGCAAGAUGCGUACAAAAUGGAUGUAUCAGCACGAUUGCUUGCUCGACUUGCCAAACAACAUAGUGCUGAGGCAGCAAGAGAAGCUAAAACACAAUCACAAGAAGAGCAUUUACGCCAAGUGAAUCAGGAAUUAUCCAGCCAUGUGCGACGUCUUGAAAAAUCCUAUGCCACGUUGGAAAAAGAAAACAAGGACGUGACGCAGCAAGUGAUUGAUGCCAAAAUGAGUGUUGCCCGACUUGAUGGGGAGAAUCAACAAUUGCGCAUGGAUCUAUCACAUACCCGUACCGAGCUUGACCAACUCAAGGCCAUGUUGCCCGAUAUCCAAGAAAUCCAGCGCCAAAAGCAACAUCUCGCUCAACGAAACGAACACCUUGAAAACCAGCUACAAGACAUGGAAGCUAUUCUCAUUAGUCUCAAAGUCAAGUAUGCUGAAAGUGAGAGUGCAUAUGAAGAGUUGCGUCAAAAGUUGUCCAAGUUAUCAUCAUCAUCAUCACAACCACCCCCUGGCACCGCCAUGUAA